AUGCACCCACCAGGGGACUCUGAAGCAGCUACAAAAAGCCGUGAACAAUCAACAGAUGCCGUUAAAAAUGAAAAUGAGCCCAGCUCUGAAGUUCAGCAUACGGAGGAAGAUCAUUCUUCAAAUGCAGUUCAGGCCUCAGUUCCACAAACAAGGUCGAGCACCAAAGCCCAUCAGAACAGAUCUGAUGAAAACAUAGGUUCAAAUAAAGGUGAAGCUGAGGAUGGGAAGGGAAUGAGUCAGUCCUCAACUCCACAAACACGGUCUUCUGCCAAAGUCAUAAGUAAGUCAGAAGAGAUGAUAGUCCCAGACAAGAGUGAAAAUGAGGAUGGUGAUAAUAAAAUAAUCCGUACUACCAGAGGAAAUAGUAAAGUAAGCAAUGAUGAUAAAAGCAGUAGUGCAGAAGCAGCCCAUCUCACUGAAGAAAGAGUUACUGGCCAUAACACCCGAUCAGCUACAAAAGUGAAGCCUGAUGUUAGUGAUGAACCUGAACAGCAAGAAGAAGGAGGUAACAUAUCAAAGACAAGAAAGGUGAAGAAAGAUACAAAAACUACAGUGCCAGACACGGAAGGUGACACACAAAGCGUGAAUCAGCAGGAAACUGAGGUUCUUUCUUCGGUUGAUACUGUAAAGAAAACACAUACCCAGGAUCAUUUGGAAGAUUCUUGCCAGGUAAGUGAGGAUUUGACCUCAGAGGCUGCUCUAGAAACAGAUCAACAGGAAAAAGAAACUGUGAAGUCUGCAGAGUUAGUGACAAGAAAUGAUAAAGAGGCCUCAACAGUAUUGCAAAAUGUGAAGCAUAUUGUAGGUAAUAAAUCACCCAGAUUAAUAUUGUCACAAAUUGAUAAGCAUCUAGAACCAAGCCCUGAAAAAGGAACAAAUACAUUUGCAGCAUCCAGUGACAGUGGUGAAAUUAAGGAUUCUCCAAGGCGUAGUUCAAGACGAGGUACAAGCAGAGUGAAAAUUGAUAAGGAAGAGAUCCAGCUGCCGUGCAGAACACCACACAGAGAUCAUUCAAGAACACCAAUUCAUAUUCAGCAACCAGCAGAGCAAAGGGAGACAGGUGACAGCUUUGCAGCUUCAAUAAGGUCAAUUUCAUGCCGUCGAUCAAUUCGGGACUCUCCCUAUGUUUCAAAAAUAAAUGAUUCUUUCCAGAAACAGAGAAUUACUAAGCAGCAGGUAACAGUUAAGAAAACUACUAAAGAAUAUUUAUCAGAUAGUAAACUUGAUGUAUCUACUGAGAAAAGUAUUGAUGUGACCACUGAAUCAGAUGAAUCAUCUGUCUCAAGAGAUAAAAUAGGAAAAAGGAAGGCCUCUACUUUAGAAACUGCAGAAAAAGACCAAGAUCAUAAAAAGAAAUGUACUGUAAAAUCUGAGCAAAGCUCCUCAGUUAUUUCUGCUGUUUCAUCUCCAUUGCAGUUGUUAACUCAAAAGCCAGAACCUGUGAGUAGCAGUACACCACUGAAGGUGGUGGAAUGUUGUGAAACUGUGCAUAUGGAGCUCUCAGAAGAGAGUAUCACUGAUGAGAGUGUGGCAUAUGAAAAAGCACAAGAUAAUAUUUGUGAGCAAUCUCUGUCGUUCGAGAAGGGGGCACCUGUCCCAGAACCCGUUUGUGAGCCUGUCUCUCGUAAGUGGUGUUCUAUUAUGUGA